CGGUGUGAUAAUACAGCGCUGUAGUUGUUUCCAGGAUCCAUAGUGAGCGCUAGCGGCGGUGCCGGUAACAUUCUGAUAGUGUGCUCUGUUUCAACCUGGAUUUGACGCAAGAGAACUAAAAACACGGACCAACUCCACCAGAGCCCAGCACGCAAGAAAUUAUACAUGUUGUUUUUCCAGCUUAUUGCUUGGCAAGCCGCUGUCAUUCGGCCGAGUUUUGGACACUAAACCGGGCUGCAGAAGAAAAGAGUGUUUUUCUUUUUUCUUUUUUUUUGCUCGGCGCAGUCGCUUUAGGGAAUUUCGCAAUAAAUGUCUUGCGGGAUACAGACUUUGGAGAAUAUUUUUCGAUCUUGUUUCUUCUGACUUGUGGCUUGUGCUCACUUCCAAAAGACUAUAAAUGUUGGGAAUCAGUACGAGCCCUUUACCCUAUGCAUGCUGGGACAUGGAGGAGCCGGAUCAGUACCAACACUACUUCUACGACGACCACGAUCCAGACGAAGACUUUUUUAAAUCCACUGCACCCAGUGAGGACAUCUGGAAGAAGUUUGAGCUCGUGCCCACCCCGCCCACGUCUCCUGUGAGGAGGCUGGAUGAAACGUCUCUGUGUCCAUCACUUGGGGACAAACUCGAAUGGGUAUCGCACUUCCUGGGCCAGGAUGAAGAGCAUGAGGCACAGUGCAAUCUGAGCUCGAUAAUCAUUCAGGACUGCAUGUGGAGCGGCUUUUCAGCCACUCAGAGGCUCGAAAAGGCUGUCAGUGAGCACAUGUUGUGCCAGGGUGGGGCCAAGGUGCCUCUCGUCCCCCAGAUUCCCCCGUCGAGGUCACAGAGUGGUCACGUGGAAUCUUUAUCACUCAGCAGUCCGAUGUCGGACUGUGUGGAUCCCGCGGCUGUGUUGACCUUCCCGCUGAGCGGCUGCAAGAAGCAGGUGUCAUCCGGCUCUGAGUCACACACCGACUCAUCUGAUGAUGAGGAGAUCGAUGUAGUGACUGUGGAACACAAGCAUGGCAAGUCACGGCCAGUGAACUCUCGCAAGCCGGUCACCAUUACGUUGCGUGCUGACCCACAAGACCAAGGCAAGUUUUUCCACAUCUCCAUCCACCAACAGCAGCACAACUAUGCCGCCCCAUCCCCUGAUUCAGAGCCCCCUCGCAAGAGGAUUCGCCAGGAGAUCUCACAGCCUCGGCCAGGCUCUACAGCCCACACACUCGAGAGCAAACCAUCCUCGCCUGUUGCAUCUGUUUCAGUUCCAACACCCUCCACAACCACCUCACCUCCUGUUGCCUUAUCCCAUCCUGGCUCCAAAUUGCAGCCAUCCAGCCCUCAAAGCUCAGACAGUGAGGACAUGGACAGACGCAAGAACCACAACUACCUAGAGAGAAAGAGACGCAAUGACCUGCGCUCACGCUUUUUGGCGCUAAGAGAUGAAAUUCCUGGCCUCUUGGACUGUCCAAAGACGCCCAAGGUGGUGAUCCUGACCAAGGCGACCGAGUACCUGCAUCAGUUACAUGUCACUGAUAAGCAAAAAGCCCAGGAGAAGAAGCAGCUCAAAAACAAGUAUCAGCAGCUUCUUCGGAGGAUAGCAGAACUGAAACGCUCUUAAUGUUCACAGAUCCAUGCCAGUCACAAGAACUGUUUGCGAGAGUGUUUGGUUAAAAGUGGGGAUUAUUUAAGAAUAAAAACAUCUGUACCUUUUUUGUUUUAUUAUCCAAUGGUUUUUGCACAUUUGAUUCUGUAGUCAGGGGGAUUAAUAAUCCUGGUGUGUUGUGGUUUACAUAAACUUCACUGAGUUUCCCAAAGAAUGCCCUGCUGAUAAAAAAAAAAAAAGGGUCUACCCACAAAUCUCUUCAAUAUUACUACAAUCUUAGUCAAGGAAUUCCUAUCAAUUUGAAUUAUCAUGCCAUUUGGCCAUUGCUUGAAAUGUAGCAUUUAGCUUGUAUGCAUGUACAGCCAUUAUAUUAAAAGUGGAUUUGUGUAAAAAAUUUGCAUAUUACCUAGUUUAAAAAGUCUUUGCCCUGCUGUGCAAUUAUUAAUGUUCAAAAAGAUUUUUACGUUUUCAAAGUGAAGUUUGUGUAGUCCAUGCAAUACUGAAUCAGGAUUGAAGUCCAACAGACAGGAAGUUUGACUGUUUGUCGUUUUGCUCAUAUUUGGUUUUUCGGUUUUCAAAAUGUUCUUGUACUGGUGCACAUCGGAGUCCAUGCCUUACCGACAUGACCUGUAUAUAAACUGAUAUAUCUGUAAUCAUUUGUAAAUAAUAGCUCAGCUGUAUAGGUAUGUAAAGUGUAUUAUAUAUGCUUUCCGUUUUAAUACCAAAAUCGAGGUUGUUAAACUUAACUUCUUUUUUUUUUUUGUGUGUGUGUUUGUUUUUAUAUAUAUUUGCCUCCAUGUGUUCUGAAACUUGGUUAGCCCACUCGGCCUAAUCUUUUCUCAGAGUAUCUCAAAGCUUCUAUUUUUGUUAAUAAAAAUUAAAACAACAAAAAAAUGUAAAAUAUUAAAACGACACUAGAACCUUUGCAUCGCUAGUCACCUUGUUGUUGCCACUGCCUAAUCAUCUUCUGUUUUUCAAGGGGGUAUAUAUAAUAUUUGCUUAGUAAUUCAGAAAUGCUGAGAAGAGACUUUUAUAAUCUAUUUUCUUACAGAGUUCUGUGUUUCUUUGUGACGUUUGUCUUUUUCUGUGUUUUCUCCCACUUUGUACCCACACAAGCUCUACUGGUGGUAUAUGCUUCUUUUUUAUUUUAAAUAAUAAGAUUCCCAUUUAUUUUUUAUUACAGCACAUGUAUUCUUCUUAGUGCAAUAUCCUUUGAAUCACGCAACUUUACGGCUCUUGUGGUAUAAUGCCGCACUGCUUUCUCACACUGAAAUCUUUCCCUCAUUUAACUAAAGAAGCCUUUUAGAGUACCACUCUUAUUCCAAAGGCUGAUUUGCACAUCUGCCUUAAUCAUUUUCAGAUUCAACUUAGUCUUGAAUAUAAGUAUAUAAGUGAGUAUAAAUGUCCAUUCUUCAUUGUAAAUCACUUUCAGUGUUACUAUGUCUGGUCUGAAUCAGACUAGGUCUGAUUUGUCUGAAAAAUAAUCCAAAGAAAACAUACGAAAGCUCAUUAUUGCAUUUUACUGAUCACUUUCUUUAUACUCGAGACUUUCAGGCCACUUUAUCUCUCUAAGAUGCAUAUACCAUCAGCAAGCACAACACUCUCAGUCUUAAUGUUUAUUCUCCAGUGGAAGAGCCAAGCUUUAAGAAUUCAUUUGAUACUGUUAAGGUUUGUCACGUAGUGUUUCUCUUUUUUGCCGAUUGUUAUUUUUUAUUAUUGUUUGUUCUUUUUUCACUUUGUCUCUCCUAGUGGCUAUUUCUUUUUACACUUGGAGCACGACAGCAGCAUUAAGCACUUUGUGUUCGGUACCUCAUGAGCCUAUAGAAAAGAAAGAAGUUCAAAAUCAAAAUAAUAAAUUCAAAAUCAAAUACAA